UUUCGCGCUGCAUCCUGGGUACAUAACUCCAUGGUGAUGCGGUGUGUCUGUGUAGUGUAGACUGGAAAACCAAAGUAAAGUAAACGGGGGAGGGUCUGCGACAGGGGGGAGCUUUAAGCGAGUUACAAUGCGUCUUUCACGGUGUUGAACGGUCUCCGCGAACAAUGAGCCAACUUCGCUCGUCUCAAAGCGGACCGAGACACUCUUGAGCCCCGAAAGCGAGUCGUUCUUGGCCGGGGAAAGCGAGAAUGAAGAAGCCGAGCGCCCUGCUCCCUGUUGUCGGCGUGACUGGGAAAUGGUAGCGUACUGUCGGAACCGCACUGGGAAGGAACAUGGUCGAGAGGAGCAGCAAAUUCUUGUUGAUCGUCGUCGGAUCCGUGUGUUUCAUGCUGAUUCUCUAUCAGUACGUGGCCCCCGGGGUGAUCAAUUUCGGCUCCCCGCACGGGUAUUUUACGGAGGAGGACGAAGGGGACAUCUUCCCCACUCCGGACCCCCACUACGUGAAGAAAUACUACUUCCCCGUCAGGGACCUGGAGAGGACGAUUGAUUUCCAAAUCAAAGGGGAGGACGUGAUCGUGUUUCUGCACAUCCAGAAGACCGGGGGGACUACGUUCGGCAGGCACCUGGUCCAGAACGUCCGUCUGGAGGUCCCGUGCGACUGCAGACCGGGGCAGAAGAAGUGUACCUGCUACCGGCCGAACCGCAAGGAGACCUGGCUCUUCUCGCGCUUCUCCACGGGCUGGAGCUGCGGACUGCACGCCGACUGGACCGAGCUGACCAACUGUGUGCCGGGCGUCCUCAACAAGAAGGAGAACAAGCAGAAAAACCUGAGGAAGUUCUACUACAUCACUCUUCUGAGGGACCCGGUGUCUCGAUACCUCAGCGAGUGGCGGCACGUGCAGCGAGGGGCCACGUGGAAGACCUCCCUGCACAUGUGCGAUGGCCGGACCCCGACGCCCGAGGAGCUGCCCUCCUGCUACGAGGGCUCCGACUGGUCGGGGUGCACCCUGCAGCAGUUCAUGGACUGUCCGUACAACCUGGCCAACAACAGACAGGUUCGUAUGUUAGCGGACCUGAGCCUCGUCGGCUGCUACAACAUGUCCACGGUCCCAGAGAAGAAGAGGGCCCAGCUUCUCCUGGAAUCGGCCAAGAAGAACCUGCGAGACAUGGCCUUCUUUGGCCUGACAGAGUACCAGAGGAAAACACAGUUCCUGUUUGAACGGACUUUCAGGUUGCGCUUCAUCAGGCCGUUCAUGCAGUACAACAGCACCCGGGCUGCAGGAGUGGACCUGGACAAUGCUACGGUCCAGCGUAUAGAGGAGCUGAAUGAGCUGGACAUGGAAUUGUACGACUACGCCAGAGACCUGUUCCAGCAGCGCUACCAGUACACCAGGCAGCAGGAGCGGCGGCAGCAGCGCAUCAAGAACCACAUGCAGCAGGGCCUGGGCGUCAACCUGUGGCCGUCCGGAGGCCGACAGAGCUCAAUGUCCACACUGGAGGACGGGGAGUUAGAGAGGGAGGAGCGGGAGGAGGCCGAGGAGGGAGGCAGAACGGAGGAGGCGGGCAGCAGGCUCCCCACGGAGGACUACAUAAACCAGAUCAUCAACCGCUGGUAGCAGCAGAACGAAUGCAAACGCACAGACACGCAUAUGUAAUGUGAAAGACAUGCACACAAACACACAGACGUACACGCAAACGGACAACGUGGCUCCUGCAUCAAAGCCCUGAGGGACUGAUAACCAGGACUUUACAGGAGAGUUGAGCUGCAGGGAUGAGAGUCCGAGUGGUUGCUAUGGAGACCCGAGCUUGGUUGAUUGCAUCAGCUCGCAUUAUUUAGGUUUCUCCGGUUGUUGUCCAUCGAGUUCCCCUGCUUUCGCCAUCAUCAUUACUGCCUGAACAGAGGAGACGUGUGAAAAGUUGCUGACAGGAGAGCAUCUCAUUCAAAUCUGCCGCCUCCCCCUCCUUCCGUACGCUCAUGUCCUCACUGGCCUGAUGCGGAGCAUGAGAGAAAUUAAAAUGAAGUCUGUGAAUCCCGCUAAUUCCUGCUGAGGACCUUUCUACUUACGUGGAUGCUCCGAUUUCAAAGGAAUUAGCUAUGAAAGUAUGCAAAUGGCUGAGGUGGACAAAGGAAAUGUUGGGACUGCAUGAGAGACUGACGGGGAGGAGAGUUGGGUUGAAAUGUGUAAUAAAAGCUUUUUAAAAAAAUUGCCAUUUUACCCACGGACACGCUUUGAUCUUGAAACAGGCUCAUUCUCAUUUUAGGAUGAAAUCAAUUGUAUUUUUUUUUUGUGUUUAUGCUUUUUUAAAAGCAGAAUUGUUAUAACACUGAGACCAAUAUUGCUGCCUAAACAAAAGUGAUUCCUUUAUUUCCUUAUUUUUGUUUGUGUCUAAGUCAAAGCUAAUGGAUCGGAUUGACGUACAAUGGACCAUAGCCAUCACUAAAGCCUUGCAUCGUGUGUGUGUGUGUGUGUGUGUGUGUGUGUGUGUGUGUGUGUGUGUGUGUGUGUGUGUGUGUGUGUGUGUGUGUGUGUGUGUGUGUGUGUGUGUGUGUGUUUAGGUGGUGGGGGGUUAGCAUGGCCUGUGUCUCCGUUAGAGGUUCCAAAGCUCCUGUCACUUACGGAGUUCAUUAUUUCUCCCCCUCGCUCCCCUCCUCCUGUGCCGCGGUCCUGCGGCGAAUGGCGGCCAAUUACAGCGGCAGAUUUCACAUAGGUGUGGAGAAAUCAAAAGCGGCGAGAGGAGGGCGCCCGCUGAAGGUUGUUGCCAGGAAGCGCGGCGCGCCAGCAGCGCCGGGCGCUUCGGACACCUUAAGUCAAGACAAACGCUCCAGACGGGAGUUGUGGAGCUGCCGGUCGCCAUGGCGAUGGGAGCCCUUAAUGCAGCGGUGGGCAUCUUUGCUUCUCUUUCCUCUGAGCCAGAGCUGCUGUAAAAGCAGCCGCCUCCGUCCCACCUGCUGGAAGGGCACGCGCGCGGCGGGCGACCUGUGGUUCAUUAGUGGCACCGGCCGCGUACCGUUUCACCUCGAGCAGCGGCAGCGGUGCCUCUGCGUGCUGGGAUCAUAGGCGACGGCCGCAUUAUUCUUGCAUAACUUCCCCGACUGCUCGCGUGUCUGCGUGGACGAGUGACUGUGUAAAUACUAUGUACAGUUUGCCUUUGUAAAUAAUUGGCUGAGUGAGCGAGAGGAUGAGUUUGUGAGUGACUGGUUUCAUGACCAAUUAUCUUGCCAUUAUUUGAUGGUGGAGGGCAGCAGCACGUCCUUCAUAGAGCAUGACACAGCAGUGGGACUAUCACAGUGAUGCAAGCCAGGACACCCCCCCCCCCUGUCUCCUGCCAAUAAUUUAGCUAAAAUCCUAAUUUCUCAUUUUAACUACCCGCCCCUGUGCGCAGUUGGGCUGCGAUCGCUGCUUCCUGUUUUCAUCUGGUGUUUUUGAGUGACAGCUUUUGAUCCAGCGCUGCUCCUCGCUUCACAAUACUAUAUGUUUCUCUGAACGGCUUAUUAAAGACUUUAUUUCUCUGGAGGGCAAUGGGGCGAUAGUGUAGCUCGCCGGUUGGACCGAUAACCUGUUUGUGGUCCGGCUGCUUCGCUGCUCGGCGAUGCUGCGAAAUCAAACUGCAUUAUUUAAUAAAUCCAGCACCAAGUUGUAUUCUCAAAGGGAUUUCUGUGACUCCACAGGUAUAAGCUGUCUGCCUGGAAAGAUAACGUGAUUCAAUUGAAACUUUCUAUAAAAUGUGACAGCCUGGCACAGCGCAAGUGAUCCAAAUGUUCCAGCACAGAAAACGCCUGUGGAAAAAUCCAGAGUUUAUCAGCUCAACUGCGCUUUGAAGGCACUACUUCAUAAUUAAAACAAAAACUAAUAAAUGGAUAUAAAAAUAGUGUUUUUGGCCUUGAAAUAAUACAGUUUAACAAACGUUUACCUUUUGGCUGCUCUACCUGCAGAUAGAUGAGGAAAAGGCUGUCUUUGAAUUUGCUGUGUUUUUGAUCCCUUUGAGAUUAGUCCACGUUAUUUGAUUUGAUUACGCUACUGAAGCCCAAGAAUCCGAGCAAUAAGAGGAGAAAACAAUGAAGAGGUGGGAACGUUGAGUGUGGGAGGCAGGUGAACUCUGCAACAUCCCUGUUAUUAAGGCAUGUUGCAUCUUGUUAUGAGAGUUUUCAGUCGGAUGGAGGAGAAACUGUUUAAGCGCCACUUUCUCUCUUGAAGCAUUUCAGCUAAUUACCCUGGAUCCUCCUUUCGGCGUGUUUGACCAGCUUCUUUGUAAUCGGGGAUGAUUUAUGAAGGGAAGCCGAGCAGAACAGGGCGAUGAAAGGUAUCGGGACGCAGCCGGUGUCAAUAUGCUGCUUUUUGUGUAGCCUUCAAAGUGCAGCGAAAGGCACCAGGGAAACGAAAAUGAAAAGAAAGUUCUCCCUUUUCUGUUUCCAUCAACUCCUCUUUCAUUGUGUUCUUGCAGCUCAAGGCAACUUUUUUUCUGUUGUUUCCGCUCGGACUUGUGUCGGUCGGGUUUAGGACUCCAAACUAAAACUUGGCUCUGCUUCAGGAGGUGAAAAACGUUCUGGUUUUGAGAGACUGAAAAUAAUCCCCGUUCCUGAAGCGUGUGUGAAAGUAAAGGUCCUUUCAAUCAAAUGAUUCCAAAAACUAAUUCUCUGAAGCUAUAAGCUGAAAUAUUUAAUGUCUUGUCACCAUGUAGAUCUGAUGUCUUAACAGCGUUUCCUUUGUGACAGUGAAGCAACCCAGGUGUCGUUGGCGUCGCUUUUCAUUUUUACUUUCUUUUAAAGAAAUGUUCACGAGUUCUGAGUGUGUGCGGUCUUGUUUUUGGGGAUUGGUGUUCAGUCCUUCUCUGGCUCCUUCUGUGUGCAUCAUUCUGGGUUUGUUUCUUAUGACUGCAAAAACCAAUCAUCAAGCCACCAAUUAAAAUAUUUCAUUUUUACAGA